UAGCUAUUAUAGACAAACUGCCUUUUUAAAGGCUUUUUGUUAGUGAUAUUAAAAAUGUCAAAAAGAGUUAUUUAAAAAUUGAUGUAUUAACCAUGCCUAAAUUCCUUAUGGAUUGUUCUUUAAGGAAUUACAGAAAUAUAUAGUUGUCUCGACUUUUUUUUCUUCAACCUGGGAUCAAGCAUCAUUGUGCAACAAUAUUUUAAUAGUGAGAAAUCUCAAAACUCCUGACAGUCUUUGCAUAUUCACAGUUUCAUGGGCUUUUGCAUCAUUGCUUCUGAAUUGCUAAUGAAGAGCUCAAUAUAGCUUCUGAUGCAUUUCAGAUAUACUGGGUGGUGACUGGCUAGAGUGUUACUGACAUCACAACAUACAGCUGUUGACUUUCUAUUGUCUGAGUCCUUCUCAGCAAGUGCUUUAGACUGCUCUGGCAGGCACUCCCAAUGCCUGACUAAUCAGCUGGAUGUGUGCAGUGAGCUCUGUAGAGGAGCAAUGCAGAGCAUCAGUUUACAGGUACUAUGGAAAGUACAUCUUCUUAACUCUGUAUGAUGAAGCAAAUACCAAUACAAUGAAGGCCACGGAAAGGUAUGAUAUAUUUGAUCCAAGACAGUCCAUUUCAGUCCAGGAAUCUACAGUAGUGACAAGGACAUGGGACUCCUCCUGCCAGAUUACAGAUGGUUCACUACAAUUGACAUCCUGGCUGACAACUGUGAAAAAGAACCUUGGAUUGUUUUAUUUUAUUUUUGUGGGACACCACAAUCCCAAAUCCAAAGGACACAUCAGGCUUCAAGCUCCCUGUAGAAUUCAAAAAUAACCUUUGCUAAUGAGGAUGUCUGAUACUGUUACUGUAAAAGAUGAAACUGCUACAAUGAAGGAUUUGGAGCCAGAAGUGAAAGAUACAACCAGAGUUGAAGAUAUUAUCAAAUCAGAAAACUAUGGGAAGAUUUUGGUAGAGAAGAAUGAACAUUGUAUUGAGAACAAUAUUGAUUUGCAGCGGCCAUUGCAGUCAUUUGGACAGACAGGAAAAAGGUCUAAGUCAAGCUCAAAGUUAAAGCUAGUUCGGAGCCUUGCAGUGUGUGAAGAAUCACCACCACCCCCUGCAGCAGAGAUAUCACAGGAGAACCAGGAGAAAAUUCAGAUCCAGUUAACACAAUCAUUUGAGAAAGAAGAGAGGCCCUCAAAAGAUGAAGCAGGAAAAGAAAAGGCCAGUGAUAAGUUGCCCAGAAAAAUGUUAUCAAGAGAUUCCAGUCAAGAAUACACUGAUUCAACUGGCAUAGAUCUACAUGAAUUUUUAGUAAAUACAUUAAAAAACAAUCCCAGGGACAGAAUGAUGCUGUUGAAAUUGGAACAGGAAAUUUUAGAUUUCAUUGGUAAUAAUGAGUCUCCACGUAAAAAAUUCCCCCCAAUGACAUCUUACCAUAGGAUGCUAUUACACAGAGUAGCCGCUUACUUUGGAUUAGACCACAAUGUUGAUCAGAGUGGGAAGUCUGUCAUAGUAAACAAAACUAGCAAUACAAGAAUACCUGAUCAGAAAUUUAAUGAACAUAUUAAGGAUGAUAAAAGUGAAGACUUUCAAAAACGUUAUAUCCUCAAGAGAGAUAACUCUAGCUUUGACAAAGAUGAUAAUCAGAUGAGAAUACGUUUGAAAGAUGACAGAAGAAGCAAAUCUAUAGAAGAAAGAGAAGAAGAAUACCAGAGAGCUAGAGACCGAAUAUUUUCCCAAGACUCCCUGUGUUCCCAAGAGAAUUAUAUUAUUGACAAAAGACUCCAAGAUGAGGAUGCCAGUAGUACCCAGCAGAGGCGCCAGAUAUUUAGAGUUAAUAAAGAUGCUUCAGGGAGAUCUACAAAUAGCCAUCAAAGCAGCACGGAGAAUGAGUUGAAGUACUCAGAACCACGACCCUGGAGCAGCACAGAUUCAGACAGCUCUCUUCGAAACCUGAAACCCGCUGUAACCAAAGCCAGCAGCUUCAGUGGAAUCUCAGUCCUGACAAGAGGUGAUAGUUCUGGAAGCAGCAAAAGCAUAGGCAGGCUUUCAAAAACAGGUUCUGAGUCUUCUGGUAGUGUAGGGUCAUCUACAGGCUCUCUUUCUCACAUCCAGCAGCCUCUUCCAGGUACAGCUCUCAGCCAGUCUUCUCAUGGCGCACCUGUCGUCUAUCCAACUGUCAGCACUCAUAGUUCUCUUUCCUUUGAUGGUGGCCUAAAUGGGCAAGUCGCAUCUCCUAGCACUAGCUUCUUUUUGCUUCCCUUGGAAGCCGCAGGCAUACCACCUGGCAGUAUUCUGAUCAACCCACAAACAGGUCAGCCCUUCAUAAACCCAGAUGGGAGUCCAGUUGUGUAUAAUCCUCCUAUGACUCAACAACCAGUUAGACCCCAAGUGCCUGGACCUCCACAGCCACCUCUGCCACCCCCACCUCAACAACCAGCAGCUAAUCACAUUUUCUCACAGCCUGUUCGUCCUCUGCAGUCCUCUUCACAGCCUGUUCAGUACUCUACAGUCCCUUACCCAUCCCCGCUCCUGCCAGUCUCACCCACCCAGCAAUACUCCGUGGAUAACCUUGGGUCUCAGUUUAGCCACAUGAGUCUUGCUCGCCAGCCAUCUGCUGAUGGUUCUGACCCUCAUGCCGCCAUGCUCCAGUCCACUGUGGUUCUUCAGUCUCCACAGCAGUCUGGUUAUAUCAUGACAGCGGCCCCUCCACCACAUCCUCCUCCACCACCACCACCACCACCUCCUCCUCCUCCCCUACCACCUGGGCAGCCAGUCCCUACUGCUGGGUAUUCUGCCUCUGGUCAUCCUGUCAGCCAACCUGUGCUCCAGCAGCAGGGAUAUAUUCAGCAGCCAUCACCACAGAUGCCAGCCUGUUAUUGUGCUCCAGGCCACUAUCACUCCAGUCAACCUCAGUAUCGCCCAGUCCCUUCUGUUCAUUACAAUUCACAUCUAAACCAACCACUGCCACAACCUGCACAGCAGACAGGUUAUCAAGUUAUACCCAACCAGCAGCAAAACUACCAAGGAAUAGUUGGAGUUCAGCAACCCCAGAGUCAAAGCCUAGUCAGUGGCCAACCCAACAGCAUUGGAAAUCAAAUUCAAGGAGUGGUCAUCCCCUAUACUUCAGUGCCAACGUAUCAGGUUUCACUGCCUCAAGGUUCUCAAGGAAUUGCCCAUCAGACUUAUCAACAACCUGUUAUGUUCCCUAAUCAGUCUAAUCAAGGAUCUAUGCCUACAGCAGGAAUGCCUGUUUACUAUAGUGUAAUUCCACCUGGUCAACAAAAUAAUUUAAGCUCUUCAGUAGGUUACUUGCAACAUCCAGGAUCAGAACAAAUACAGUUUCCUCGAACCACUUCACCAUGCAAUUCCCAGCAGCUUCAAGGCCACCAGUGUACAGCUGUGCCACCACCGCCACCUGGUGGGGGGAUGGUGAUGAUGCAGCUCAGUGUACCAAACAAUCCACAGUCUUGUGCCCACUCGCCCCCGCAGUGGAAACAAAACAAAUAUUACUGUGAUCACCAGAGAGGACAGAAGUGUGUAGAGUUUAGCAAUGUAGACAAUAUUGUCCAGCACAGCCCUCAACUCAGUAGUCCCAUUAUUUCACCAGCUCAGUCGCCAGCACCAGCUCAGCUGUCCACCCUGAAAACUGUACGUCCCUCUGGACCACCACUUUCCAUCAUGCCCCAAUUUCCUAGACCUUUUGUUCCCAGGCAAGGGCUGCAUCUUCCCCUCCACUCAGGAGAUUCCAGGUAUCCAUUACUUGGCCAGCCACUGCAGUACAACCCUCCUGCUGUUCUGCACGGACACAUUCCAAACCAACAGGGUCAGCCUGGCAGCAGGCAUGGAAACCGAGGAAGGAGACAAGCUAAAAAAGCUGCAUCCACGGACCUUGGAGCAGGAGAAGCAGUUGUUGGGAAGGUCUUGGAAAUUACUGAACUACCAGAUGGAAUAACUCGCAUGGAAGCUGAAAAGCUUUUUGGGGAACUCUUUAAAAUUGGCGCCAAGAUCCGGUGGCUCCGGGACCCCCAGUCACAGCCACGUCGUCACCCCCUCUGCUGUGGCAGCGGGGACAACACUGUCAACCCUGAACGCUCUAAACCCAGUGACUUGGCCUCCACCUACACGGUCUUAGCCACAUUCCCCUCCAUUUCAGCUGCACAGAAUGCAUUGAAGAAACAAAUUAACUCAGUUAACAAGUUUAAACUGAGAACAAGCAAGAAGCACUAUGACUUUCACAUUUUGGAAAGGGCAAGUUCUCAGUAACACCCACCUUUGGACCCUUCACCUUUAUGGUUCCCCUGCCCUCUCCCAUCUUUGAUUGGCUUGGUAUUUGGAGCUUCUGUUAACAUUAUAGAGACUCCUAGGACGUGUGGUCAUGGUGUUAUAGCUUUUGAAGAAAGGCCAGUGAUCCAGCAAAGGGGGGAAAAUACGUAUUUCACCCCACAUGACUGUAGGAAUCCACAUCAGAAUGAUACAAAGUUAGCAGGUUUUUCUAAGGAAAUGCCGUUCAAAUGCCUCCUAACUUUUAUAGUUAUUUUGUUUUAUAUUUGUGAAUUCUUGUAUCAGAUCCAAAGCUCUAUUGUAUAGCAAAUUAUUCUUCAAAAUGAUUAUAACCAGUUGCAACCUGUAUUUCUUUUUGCAGCCAGCACAAUGUGACCCAACUUAAAAUGUGGGGGAAAAAGAAUGCAGGAGUGAAAUAACCAAGUCAAAACCAUGUACUGUCUCUUUGGGGGUUAGGGAUGCUAAGAAGAGACCACAAAUAGAGGAUUACUCUUCCCCAAAUCUCUAAACUCAGAAACAUUUGCCAAAAAAUACAGAACACUUCCCUGUAGGAUCCUUUCCUUAUUCAUUUAGGUAGUAUGAACAUUAAGUAUAAAAUAAAUUAUGUUCUUAAUGCCUCUUAAACCACUUACAUUAAAAGGAGAACAGGAAUCAUUCUAAGCCGGAAAAUACUUCCACUUUUUUUAAGUAUCUCUCUAAUAACUAAAUGCCACUUACUUGCAUUCCCCUCCUUGUGGAUUUUUUGUCACCUAAGGAAAUGCAUUUGAUGAGUGCUGGAAACUUCUUAAGUGGUUUACAGUUUGUUUUCGUUGUUUGCAGCGGAUCACUGGACAUCAAAGAUUCAUUGCACUUAUGAACAAGGAACCUUCUUUUCAAUUUCUGUGUAAUUUGCAAGGCUGUACAAUGUGUGCUGAUGCAAGCCUUUUUCAGUUCAAGAGAAUAAAUGUUUACAAAUAUAG